AAGUACAUGGGUAGAAAUCUCAGUCCAGUGCUCCGGAGGGAGCUCGAGAACCUUGACAAGGACCCAGACAGCCGGAGAUCAGCCAUGAAGGCUCUCAAGACUUACGUCAAGGAUUUGGAUGCGAAGGCCAUCCCUCAGUUCCUUACCCAAGUCUCUGAGACCAAGGAACCUGGCUCAUCUUCAGGGGAAUACACCAUUUCACUGUAUGAGGUCCUUGCCAGAGUCCAUGGACGAAACAUUGUACCACAGAUCGACAACAUCAUGUCCACCAUUAUCCGCACAUUGUCUUCGAGUGCUGGAUCAUUCCCCCUUCACCAAGCUUGCUCCAAGUUGUUCCCUGCUGUUGCCCGAUAUGGUAUUGAUCCCUCUACUUCUGAGACUGAGAAGACUAGGAUCAUUGGGUCCCUUUGCAAGCCUUUGGCUGAUGUCCUCAUGAGUUCUAUUGAGAGUGCUGCCUCAGGAGCUGCAUUAUGUCUUAAGGCUCUUGUUGAAUCUGAUAACUGGCGGUUUGCAUCUGAUGAAAUGGUGAAUGAUGUUUGUUUGAAGGUUGCUUGUGCUCUUGAGGAGAAACAUACCCAAACCAAUGCUCAUAUGGGCUUGGCCAUGUCUUUGUUCAAGCACAAUGCCUUAAUAGCUGAAGCAUAUGCGAGGUCUUUAGUGCGAUCUGGAUUGCAGAUUUUGAGUGUUGGGGUGAAGGAGAGCAACUCCCAGAGGCGAUUGUCAGCAAUUCAGAUGAUUAACUUCUUGCUGAAGUGUGUGGACUCAAGGAGUGUUGCAUCAGAGCUUUCCAAAGUGGUGGUUGUCCUGGAGAGAUGUCAAAAUGAUCGAAUGCCAUUCGUUAGGGGAGCUGCAUUUGAGGCUCUGCAAACUGCAAAAACAAUCAUCGCGCAGAAAGGAUCCAGGCAUGAGGUUUCUUCUAGUCCGAUUGUUGAUUCUAAUUUUCGAUACAAGGGUAGAAAAUGGACUUUGGAUGUUAGAGAUGACAUUGACAGCAAGUCUAAUGGCUUUCCUGCUGAAUUUGGCUCUCCUGAUACACGAACUGUUGAUUCUUUUCUUGAGCAUGAUACUUCUGUGGAUUCACCAUUGUCCAUUGGUCAGGCUUCUUGUAACUUUGACUACGCCAGGCGUGCCAAUAGGCGAUUGUGGAAUAACGAUAAUUGGGGUGUCGAUGUAUCAUUGCGAGAUGGCUUGUUUCACAAUGGUGCCUCAGACUUUGAGAUAUCAAAGACUUACUCAGAUCAAUUGUCAAAUGCUGAUUUGAGUGAGAUGCAGGAAGAACAGUCAGACACAUUCUCUGGCUUCAUCCAGGUUAACUCAGCAAAUGGUGCGAAACGUGGUACUUCACCUAGUCCUCAGCGAGCUCGUCCAGUGCUCAGUGUGGAUGAUGUUAAAAUAUAUUCUACUCCGCGGAAGCUAGUCCGAUCUCUUCAAAAUUCAGACACUGCUGACUCUGAAGGGCACAAUAAGCCGCAAAUUGGAUCAGUUGCAACUCCAACUUCAGGUGAAACAGUUUCGAACCCAGCAACUGUAACAAAUCGCAGCAUCAGCUUCCAAAUUCAAAAUUAUGAGACCAACAGAAUGAGAAAUAGACAGAAUAUGCAAAUGACAAGCAAAUCAAAGCAGAGCCCAUGAUUCAGAACCUGUCACAGACAUUGAAGAAACUGCAUCAUCUAUCGGUGAUGUUCCUGCAUUAACUGCUUGCAAAUGUCAAGCUGAAAAGGAAGACAAGAACAAAGUUCUUACCUUUACCAUUAAAAGGAGUCACAAAUGCAGAGUGAUUAAACUUCUUGCUUGUGCUCUUCUCUUAGUUUUACUUGCAAGUAUAUGGUCAGCAAUGUGGAUUGAUGAUCAUGAAGUUUACUAUCUAGUUCCGACUUAAUGCCUGUGUCUUAUCAGUUUGUAAUAUUUACUCUACAUUCAAUAUUGAACAUUCAGGGAACAACCUAUUAUGUAUUUGUACAAUUGGUGCAUAUCCAGUGCAUCUAGAUCUUGAUCUCAUGUAUGUUUCUCAGCUUUGAAGUCAUCUUGAUUCUCUUUAUUGCAA